CUUGACACCAUUAAUGUAAGUACGAGCACCACAGACCUUUCUAAAGGCCAUCAUUUAUUACUGUCUUUCAUUAUUUCAAUCUCCUUCAAGCUGAAGAUUGUACACACUUUCAGAGCUGACAGCUUCAGAUGAAGAAGGACUCAAAUAUGGUUUACGCUCUGUUUAUUUUGCCCUUUCAACUAUUCCUCCUUAGUGAUGUUUCUUGUGAUGGAAGGACAUUGGAAGAGACCCCUGUACCUCUCAUUCCAGCUUUUACUAUCAGCAGAGUUUAUCCACCGUGCACUGCAGGUACAAGACCGAAAUGCCUUGUGGUGUGUUCAGUGCCGAGUGUGCCCGUAUCUCAUCUCUCCUGGUAUAACGGAAGCGUUUCACUCUCCAGCCUCAUGAUUUCUGAAUUCAACACCAGACUAUAUCUGGAGGUGGAUUAUCAGGAUCAAAACAACUACACCUGUGUGCUGUCCAGUCCAAGCAUCAAUUGGACGAAACAUCUCAACAUUCAACAUCUCUGUCAGUCAUGUCCAGCAGGUACAGCAGAACCAAAGUCUGUGAAGGAAGGGGAUUCUGUCACGUUAUCCACCACCCGUGAACUUCAGAACGGAGAUGACAUCAUGUGGUUUUAUAGAAGCGCUCUCGUGGCUGAAUAUUUAGAGAACGUGACCACGUAUCAUCACUGUGAUGAUGGGAGAUUUGGUAACAGACUGCGUCUGGACACUCAGACUGCAUCUCUCACCAUCAGCAACUUCAGUGAAAUCCUCUCUGGAUCUUAUAAACUACUGAUCACUAAUGCAACACAUAAAGAAUGUCAGAGUUAUAAUGUGACUUUAUAUGAACACAGCCAGCAACCACAUACUCCCCUAAUAAUUGGUGUUUCUGUGGGUAUUUUUGUCAUCAUUGUUGUUGCUGCUGUUGUGUUGUUCUGUUAUUGCUGCAGGAGGGAGUGAGCAGCUCAAAAGCACAAAUAUCACCUGCAAGAAAUAUGAAACUUAAAAAAAAGUACCAACAUAUAUUUGUGAGGUCAAGUCUUUAUCAGUGUUGUGAUUUUAGUUUAUGAAGCAGCAUGUGCAGCACCUUCAAAACUUUAAAUAUGACAGAAACAAGAUACAGCGGUAGAUCAUUUAAACUAUAUAUUUAUAAAUGUUGUUUGCUAUAAAGCACACGAUCUGUUUUGAUUUUUGAUACUGCAUACAAGUGUAAAUUUUUUAUCAAAACAUAAUUAAUAAAUUCCUCAAUAUUGUUUA